UGUCCCUGCGCUGUCAGGCGCUCUGCAUGCGUUACAGCGCUUGUCAGACACAUUAAAUGCGCGGUAUGAUGACCCGACGCCGUUUUGACAGUAUUGACCGUUUAACGCGUUUGAAACCGACAGCCCAUAUCAUUGCAUUUAAUGCGACGUGGGUUUAAAAUGGCGCCCCUUUUCACGGCAUUUAACGCGACGUGGGGGCGCAUUUAAUGCGGAGGGAGAGGGAACUGCCGUUUCGACUCCGAGGGGUGGUAACCGUCGUUUCGCUAUCCAUAUAAAAACUUUGUAUUUUUCAGAUGAGGUCACCGAAAUUUCUUUCGCUUCGAGUGACAAACUUUGGCAAACCAAGAAUCAUUUUCUCCCGAUCGACGCUUUUCAGGCAACCGGAACGAGUCUCGGCCCUAGCUCCAUAUACCACAGAGUAAGACUGGAAUGGAACCGUCAACAUCCAGGACCGAGGGAGGAGCCAGCUCGUCCUCGCGGGGAGCUCCCGAGGACGCAGCUCUCGACGUCUAUUCGGUCCUUACCUCCGAGGAAUAUGCUAGAAUAAAGCGGCAGUUCGAUAUCCGUAAGGAGGUGUUCCUCGACCACACUAGGCCGUCACGGCGCCCACCCGACGGCCUUGCCGCGAUCUCUGAGGAGAUCUUCAAGGGUGGAGGGAGGAUUCCCUUCCAUCCUUUCAUCAGGUCGGUCCUGGAUCAUUUCGGGAUCGCACCAAUGCAGCUGACGCCAAACGCGUAUGUCAUCGCCGUCGCGAUGUACAUUGCGUGCUGCGAGAACGGCUUGGGGGAGCCGUCGGCGGUGGAGCUCGGUGUCGCCUACUACCUGAAGAAGAGUAGGGACAAGGAUUCUUACUAUUUGUCUCGGCGACCUACCAUUGCUGCGGGGAUACACAGCUAUCCCAGCAAUGCGGGGGCCUACGAGACAAAGUUUUUCUUUUUCGUUUAUAACGGUCACCGCCACUUCCAGGAUCCAAUUAAUAGAACGACCAGCCAAGAAUUACUCGCCGACCCGAACAGGCUCGUAUCUUUCGGGGUACUAGACGAGGAACAGCGGGACGCGAGGAAGCUUGUGACUACCGCGAACCUGCGAAAGUACGGUUUUUUCACCGACAAGGCAUCGUUAGAACCCUUGGACGAGACCAUGCCCCCAAAGGAGUCCGGGCAGUCCCGCCGAGCGCCAUUUGUUUUCCCUCGAUCAAGGAGGGAGAGGGAGAGGGAGAGGGAGGCCGAAGUUGCUCGUGCCAUUCCCGCACAACCGCUGCGAACUUCCGUGCCUUCGCAGCCUCGUCCUGCACAAGAAGCGACCAGAACAGAACAGGUCGCUCUGGCACCUCCUGCUCGCCCCAGGCGGAAGGCUCCGGCCCAAAGGUCCAAGAAGAGGAAACAGGUCCAGGUCGAAGAAUCUGAGACCGAAUCCGAGGAGGAGCCCCUCAGGACGCGCCAAGAAUCCAGGAGGUCGGGAAAGGAUCCCGCGAGUGGGGUGGUGACUGGCGACAAGGCGAAGGACGCGCCUGUUCUGGACUCGUUGGGGAGUCUGCCCGAGUACCUGCAGCCAAUUGUAUAUGGCUUGCUCGAGAGCGAGCUAUCGGAGUCGUACAGCGAAUUUGCAGACACGGGCGACGACCUGAUGGCCACGUCGUUCCAGCAUCUGAGCAAGGUAAGCCAGCCGUACUUGAAAUUUCAUUUUGGUCUAUUUCUAACUCAUAUCUUGCUCGCAGGGGUUGCUUGCGAUGAGGAUGUCCAUGGAGAAGUCACGGCUGGGGGCCGCAAAGGGGACGAGCGACCUGCAAGAGGAGGUCGCGAAGCUGAAGCAAAGUUUGGAGUCCGCUGA